AUGCCGAUUUUACCUUCAUUAUUAAAUAAGUAUAUCAUAAAAUCAAAUAUCAAAUUAAAUCAAAGCAAUUACAAAACUUUUUGCAAAUAUUGCGUUGAAGUUUUGGGUGAAGAAGAAGGAAAAAAAAAUUAUUUUCCUAAUAAAAAAUAUCGCAUAUUACAACAUUUAAAAAAAU